GGCAGUAUGGAGAACGCUGGAAUGAUGAAGCUAAGACCCAUCCAAAGUUCAAGCCAUGCAAUCUGCUGACCGACUAUCAAGCCCAGUCACCAAUGGACUACAUGCAAACACCUGUGGAUAUGUCAACACAGACACUGUACAAAGAUAUGUUGACAAUGUCUGAGCGGCUGGCCGAGAACACGCACGACAUCUGGGCAAAGAAAAUGAAGGAGGACCUGGACGCUAUCGGUGGUGGCAUACAUGCACAGCUGGUGCCAUAUGACCUGCUCACUGACCGGGAGAAGCACGAAAACCGAGACCGUGCGCAAGAGUUCCUCAAGUUUCUUCAGUAUGAGGGCUACCGUGUUUCAAGCAAGGCCCUGCGUCGCCGUGAACGGGGAGGUGCCCCGAGCGAGGAGCUGCAAGCCCCCAGGCAAGGCCAGGAACGCCGCUUUGCCAGCUCCCUGCUGGAGAAGCUGCUGCAGUACCUGGACAUGGCCGCGAUAAACCUCAAGGUUCUGAGGCUCAGCGUGCCCUUCAGCCACGGGACAAGCUUCAAGACCUCCAGCCGGGACGUGAAGUUCUUCAGCAUGGUGGUGUUGCCAUUGAUGGAGAAGGUGUUUCUGGCUCACUGGUCAUUCAUCCUGAUGUCACCGACCGCCACUUCCACAGUUGGCAGAAGGAGAUGGUCGCAAGACCUAUUUUUUGGCAGGAACCACUGGCUCAAGAACAAUGUUAAAGAAGCUAAACAAGUAUACACUUGCGUGGCGGAUCUGUUCAACACUUGGAACAAGUCUCAGUACUUUCGGCAAGAGGAAGCCACCUUCAUCUCCCAGCACGACAUCGACAACAUGGCGCUCAUCAUGCCCUCCAAAGGGCGUGGACGAGCCAGCGUUAAGACUGUAGACGCUGGCCAGGGCCACAAGAAGGAGAAGAGAAAGAAGCGCAAUGGCAAGCGGGACAAGGACAAGGAGCUGGCAGCCAGCCUGGUGGUGGCCUGCCUCAGGCGCCUCCUGCCCGUAGGGCUCAACCCGUUCGCCGGCUGGGAGCAGGAGCUGGUCCAGCACGCCAAGGAGAAGUUCCUCAGCGUGCAUCAGAAGUACUCUGAGACGUACGACCCCGAGGCCCUUAGCAAUGUGCUUGGCAGGGACAAGAGUGGAUCCAUCUUUCAAUAA